AUGAGUAUCACUGAUCCUGCUGCUACAUCCUUUGCACGUGGUUCUCACUCUGCCUCACGAGGCACCUCUGCCGUGGCUAAACGCAGCUUCCUUCGUCGCCAUCCUAAUCCUACGGAUGAGAACAUUGAAGACCACACUGCAAACAUUGUGAAUGAGCCAUGCGUAGACAUAAUGAAGGGAAAGGUAUCCGACCUGACUGGAGAGCAACGCAAAGCUAGAACAUUUAUUCUGAAACUUACCUCGUCAUGCAUCCGCAAUGUCACUGAGGUUGGAGUCAAGGACAAGUGGCCCAUUCCAGUUGACGGUAUCCUGCCCGAGAGACAAAAUGAGCAAACAGGCGAAACAUACAUUAAUCCCGCAUUCCACAGAGAUGUUAAACAUACAGAUAAUUGGAGAUUGCUGGUACGAGUGUGCGACAUCAUCUACACUGAACUCUCAGAUGAGAAGACACGCCCGGACUUUAUGAACAACACAACGAUGCGAAUUACGGCUGACACCGUGUAUGAGCUUGCGAAGGUAUCAUGGAAUGGGUACAAGGAGGCCUACCGUGGACAGGUCGAGGAUGGGAAGCGCGAGCUGAAAGAGGAUUGGAAGAGGCGACUGGCAGCAGAAGCCGGGAUGAGAGACUUGCCUGAUACCGUUCUUGACAAACUUGGCUUCUUCGAGAUAAUCAGGCCAAACUGGCGUUCUGUGGAGUACUCUGAUAUUCUACACAAGCUGUGGGAUUACUUCUGGGAGGACCUGCCUCCCAAGGACCGGCAGGAGUUCAAGCAACGGGUGCACUCGGAGAAUAGGUCUAGUGAUGAUCCUCCUUCUAUUGCUCCAUUUGACUUUGGGAUCAAUCGCGACUGGUACGAGCAACACAAGGAUAAGUACCCGCAUUCAAUCAUGCUGCAUGACUGGUUCUCGUUCGGCGACCCCAUCGGCUUCGGAACACGUGCAAAUGAAACUCGGCAGGGAGUAGACCUCUUCAUGCCAUUCUCAAACCCACUCUCCACGCAACUCUCAGACUUGCUCUCCACGUCAUUCUUCGUCGCACUCUCUAUCUCGAUCCAGAUCAUCGUCAUCUCGCAAUGA